CAACAAAAACAACAACAACAACAGGAACAACUUUACGUCUUUCUCUCUUUCAUCUCUUCUUUCAUUCGCCUGGAUUAUAAAAAGCAGCAAAACAAUUCCGCAGAGACUGAAAGAAGGAUAUAGAGAUAUCGGGAAAGAGUGAGUGAGAAAAGGAAGUGAAGCGCAACGCAUCCUGUGCCACAGUCAUUGACACGAACACGGACACGAACUGAAAAACGAAAAACGAAACUAAAAACACUUUUUCGCAGAGGAAGUUUCAACCGUUUCGGGUUUUUCCUCUUUUUUUUCGGUUGGUUCCUAUUUUUGUGGCCCACAACAAUUUUUUGUGGUGCUUUUUUAUGUUGAUGCCUUGGCCUUAAAAAAAAACAAGGCCAGCUGAUAGCCACCAGCAGCGUUAGUAUCCAACAGGAAUCCAGGAUUGGCCAUAUCCAUGAUGGCAUCAUCCACAUCCACAUCCACAUCGCAUACCAUAGCUGGACGCCGAUGGCUAUGGCGUUUGCUAUUUACUUUGGCCGCUGUACAAAGUUUGGCCCACUGUCUGCCCAUCACAUCGCGACCCUUGGAGGGUAAUGCUCAGCGUUUGGCUUGGCAGGAGUGGCUCGAUUUGCCCAAGGAUCAAAAAACGCCCGAAAAGAAAGUGACAGCGAAAUCCAUAUUCACAUUGCCCUUCCGCCGUUGUCCGCCGGGACAUAAAUUGUAUAAUGAGCGUUGCAUACCGCAGACCAACAUUGAUCCGGAAGAUGUCCUCAAACAGGAAUUGAUAUUGGCCGGCGGCGGUGGUGUUGGAGGACCAGGUAAUGGCGGUUCGCCGGUGAUAAUCACAGACUAUGAUUAUGGCGAUGAGGAUGAAUUUAGUGAUGAAUUGCUUUACGAUGCACCGCAGCAACAACCUUUAAUGCAAACCACUGGCGGUGAAGAUCAAGCAUUGCCCAGUGAGGAUGCACCACUUAAAUUUAAUCUAUUUGAGAAGAAAUUUCCAACGGGAACGGGAACGGGCACGGAUACAACUGAACAGGAAUCCCUGGAUGAUAUGUUGAUGCUGCCACCCGAAAUGAAUGCAACUGCUACAAUUAAUGGCAAUGCGACGGCAACAACAACAGCAGCAACAUUUAUUGAACAAGCCACGCCCACUGCUUCGGUAGCAACUACCCCACGGCAAGCGGAAGGUAUUAACAAUGCAAUUGCCCAAGGUGAUGAUCUAUUACAGGCCGCGUCCAGUAAUAAUGUCAUAUCAAGCACAACAACAACAUUGCGCGACAUUGACAUUAGCAGCAUUGAGGCAAUUGUUGUGCCCGCAGGACAUCGGACAACAAGCACGAAUAUUGAGCCAGAGGCUCAGAGUGUUCAGUUGGUGACAAGUUCUUUGAGUCCAGAUGCGGAUGCAGAGACGGAUGCAAAUUUAAGUUCAAGUUCCACUCCUUUACAGACCGAGGCGGAUCUGGCUCAAUUGCUCAAGGUCGACGCCUUUUUGCCGGCCAGCACCGGCCGCAGCAACAUUGAAAUGCUGCCAGCGCCCUAUAGCAAUCAUCGUCGUGUGGCGCCAUUGUUGACAGCAGAGGAGUUGGGGGAGGAGACUACAACAGAUAUGGUAACUACCACACAGGAGGAUGAAGGGGAAACCAAAACGGAAAAGGAGAUGGAGACGCAGACAGAGACGGAAAGGGAGAUGGCGACAGAAACCGAAACCGAAACUGAAGUGGAGGCGGAGGAGACAACUGAGACAACGCCUACAACAAUGGAUGAACCUGAAAAUCAUCUUGUCUUGAUAAAAUCGAAAGUGCAACCGGUUCAGUUGACACAAACAACAUCAGCAGCAACAGCAACAGCAACAGCAACAGCGACGGCGACAACGACAACAACUGAAGCUGUUGCUACUGACCGGUUUCAUUAUCAGCAUUUUGAAGAUGUUGCUGCCAGCAACAGUGCCACCAGUGCCAGCAGCAUAUUGCCUGAAAACGAGGCGGAGGUGAAGACUGGCAACAGCAAUAACAACCACAACAACAAUAUAAUGACAAAUACAAUUGCCAGCCAACACGAUGAUGAUGAUGAUGAUGAUGAGAAUGAUAAAACAAGCGAAAUAAAUCUGGCUGAAGAAUUGCGCAUCAUCAAUGAGUUGGUUAAAAGCAAAAAGCGUCACCAGCCACAACAGUCAACAGCAGCAGCAACAACAAGAAUCACCACAGCAACAAUUAUAGAAAGCUCAACAGAAACAACAGGCACAACAACUAGCACAACAGAAAGCUCAACAUUCAUAGAAACGGAAAUGGAAAUGGCAACUGAGACAGCAGCAACCAUUAGCAAUAAUGCUGACAGCAGCAGUAGUAGUAGCAGCAGCGCAACAACAACACCAACAGCAGCAACAACAACAACAACAACAACAACAACAACAGCAACACAAUUAAGUAUUAAUACAAAUCGUAGCAAUAAAAAUAGUAAAAUAAUUAGAGUAAAUAAUGAAUAUGAAUCAACAAGCAAAGCAGCAACAGUAGCAACAGUUGCUGCUGCAGCAACACCCAUCAGCAGCAGCAACAUCUCCUCCAGCGAUGGUUAUACACCAUUCUGGUGGUUGCCAAACAUCGGUUGGCGACUUGAUCGUCAAGUCGAUCGUCAUGGCGAGGAUCGUUCGCUACUCUUGCGCUUUUUUAGCACAUUUCGUGCCCCCUCAACUGGUGAGAUAGCCGCAAAUUUGCACUAAUUUGAAUCUAUUGAGCGAAAAAUAUUGUGGUUCUUAGUUAAUCUCACUUGAAUUGAGAUUAGCUAGAGCAAAACUUAUGCACACAACGUUUUAAAUUAUAUAUUUUAUGCCAAAAUUUCUAAUAUUAAUGUUAAUUAUUGUAUUUCCUUUGUACAUAGCAUUUAUCAACAACAACAACAACAACAACAACACAACAACAACUUUUUGUCUUACUUAUGAUGUUGUCCCUCUCUCUAUCUCUCUCGCUCUUUAUUAACUUUAUAGUUUAAUUUA